UCCGCACAUGAAUUGCUACAGCAGUCAAGCUCCGCCUCAAUCCUCUGUUAUAAUCACUGAAAAGCUGGUACUCUUCUUUGUCGCAGUUACAGAUCCUCCAAAUAUUUGCCUCCACAAUGGACGUUCAAAACCGGCCAACGUCAAUAGACAUGGCUUCCAUCGGACUGGGGAGCUUACCCUCACCAGCUCCAACAUACAGCUCUACGUUCCUUUCGUAUAACGCUCCUCAUACGCCCCAACACGCCAAUUUUGGUUUAGCACCAAAAGGUGGUACCUCAAACAACCCCUACCAUCAAGCCACGCAUGAGUCGCCUUAUUCGAUCCCGCGUUACACCAAAGCAGCCUCAAAGGAGAUGGAGGAAGCUCAAGUCAAGCCCGACUACCAGGAUACAAACCACCCCCACUUUGCGCAGUCUUCAGGACCAGGAUUCCCGACCUCACUGCCCGCACGAAGUCGAAUGCCGCGGAAAAGCAUCCUUGUGCCGUGGGUACUUUUCGCCAUUUUCUUCCUCACAACGCUGUGGUUCACCUCGAUCUUAGCCGGCGCACGGUUUCUCUCCAUCAUCCAUCCGACAUCGCCAGUCUCUACAGUGCAGGAGAUUCAUGUCUACGUCAACGGAGAAGCUCUUCAAGGGAGCGUCUCUGUUACUAGAACUCUUGCCUUGCCCACGGACAGUUUUACUUCGACUGCAAAUACUCCAAGCUCAACGGCACCAAUAUCUGAACCAAUACCUGACAUGGGCAAGGACAUGGACGGUCUUUCUACGGUGCUUGAAGGACGUACUAUAGCAGCGCCUACGGGUUUCAUCAUCAAAGGAAGAGCCCCAUGAGGAAGACAUUUUCUCCGACUGAGGUGCUGCCCCACCCCAGGCGCCGGAGCAGCGCGUCAUGAAGUGCAGCCUCAUCAGAGGCAGUGAACUGUAGAUUGCUUUUGCAAUGAAAGUCGUUCGCAUGAUUCAUACACAUUUUUGAGCACACGUUACUCUAUUUCUUUCG